AUGGCUUGGUGGCUCGGUCUGUAUAGCAUGCUGGCUGCAAUGUUCAGCAUGUUGAUGGAUGUCGCGCAGUUCUGGCGAGAGAAACUGUUUUCAUGGUGGAAAUCCAAGUCGCCGCGCAGUCGACUGUUCCAUACUCUUGCGACGGCACAGACGUACGAGGAGUGGGAGGAAGCCGCCUUUGAACUGGACGAGCUUCUAAGUAAGGACCUGUGGCGUCAGAAUCCUGUCAGUCGACACUAUGACUAUCGACUUAUCCUCGGCCGCUUAGAGGCCUUGAUGGGCGCGCGCGAGAGCGAGGAUAUCUUAACUCUGGUCAACCUGCUUCGCUCUGGACUCGUUCGCAAUCUAGGCAACAUCACCUCAACAAAGCUGUUCACCCAUGCCUAUGCCGGUACCAAGCUUCUAAUUGAUGACUAUAUCACGCAGGUUGCGCUUUCCAUUCAGUAUGUGACCUCGCUGCAACCUGCGCCCGUGCACGCGACCAGCUUCACCUCGCAGGCCAAGCUCGAGCUCCUCCACGAUACACGUCAGGCUUUUGGACGAACGACCUUGCUCUUGCAGGGCGGGUCGGCUUUUGGUCUCUGUCAUCUUGGAGUUGUGAGAGCGUUGCAUCUCCAAGGACUUCUACCUCGGAUUAUCACUGGCACGGCAACCGGGGCCAUGAUCGCGGCUCUUGUUGGAAUUCAUCCGGAAAAUGAACUGUUACCCCUCUUGAACGGAGAUACCAUUGACCUUUCGGCUUUUGAUCACUGGAAAAAGGACCAUCCUGCCUCCGAGGGCUGGAUACGAAUUUUCUUCCGACGCAUGAUACGAUUUGUUCGAACGGGUCAUCUCUUCGACAUGGGACUACUGGAGGAAUGUGUUCGCGCUAAUGUGGGCGAUUUGACAUUCGAAGAAGCAUACGCCCGAUCAAAGCGCAUUUUAAAUAUCACCGUUGCCACGGCAGGAAAGACAGGCUCGCCCAAUCUCCUGAACUACCUCACAGCACCGAACGUGUUGAUCUGGUCUGCAGCCGCAGCCUCCAAUGCCUCCACCUCUUCACUCAUCACCUCCCCAGUAACCAUCUACUGUAAAGACGAAACAGGUUCAAUCAUCCCCUGGCCCCACACCGAAGACAUCGUCUUCCGGCCCUGGAGACAUGUGAACUACAACGACGGCGAAUCACCACUAUCACGAAUCGCAGAACUCUUCAACGUAAACCACUUCAUCGUCUCCCAAGCCCGUCCAUACCUAAUCCCUUUCCUCCGAUCCGAACUCAACCUCCUCGACCGCCACCAAACAGGCUGGAACAAUAUUUCCCGCUCCCUAAUGCGCCUCGUUCUCGCCGAACUCCGCCACCGCGUCCGCCAAUUGGACUACAUCGGCCUCCUUCCCGGCUCAAUCAGCCGCCUCCUAAUCGACGAGACAAUCCCCGGCCCAAAUCUAACUCUGGUGCCUGACCUCGCUGUCCAAGAUCUAUAUAAUCUCUUCCAGCGCCCGACGAAAGAACGCGUUGCAGAUUGGACCUUGAAAGGUGAGCGGGGCGUUUGGCCUGCUAUUAGCGCACUGAAGGUUCGCGAAGCGGUUGAAAUCGAACUUGAUAGGGGGUAUCAGCUUGUUCGGAGACGGAGACCUAGUGAUGCUUCUAUCCCUCCGGCACGUCAUCCUCCGAAUGAGGGGUUGCCUCGUCGGAGGAAGGGGGAGGCGAGUGGUGAGGAGGGUGCGCAGCUGGCUGUUACGGAUGGCAAUGAAUGA